AUGGAGUGCAUGGUUUCUGAAUUACGAAAUGUCGUGCAGUACAAGCGCGAAGGAGGGAAGCGGGUUCUAGCGUUUCUUCCUAAACCACAAAUGGAAUUAGAGGACAGAUUCAUCAUGUCUUCAAGCUUUUUAGACUCAGAAGUUACUGAGAAUACUCAGUCUGAAGAAUCACUGAAGGAAUCUGAGGAUGUUUCUUCAGAUGAAACUGUGAAGCAAGAAGAAUCACUCAUAAUUUUGCUGCUGUCAAUUGCUUUUGUGUCAAUCUCACUCAGAGUCUCUAGGGAUUGA